AUGGUGAACUCUGUUAACCUUCCAGUCCGUAAAGGAGAAGAAAAAUGUAGACGAAAAGAAGGGAAAUCACAAUGUCGCAGAGGAGUUCCAAAACCGAAAGCUCCUCCAGCAGUUUUCAGUAUUCCAACGAAAUCUCCAUCUCCUGCUUCAACUCCAUUGACUCCUCUUCCACCGCCAGUCGUUCCUCCACCGAUGACAAAUGUAACACUUCCGAUUCCGGCUAACAUACUGAAAGAUCCGACUGCAAUGACAACGAAUUUUCCAUCCAGAGAAGGAAAAGUGAUUCGGAGAAAAAUAAAGACAUCGAGUGAGAAUGAUGGCCCAGUUGGAUCUAGAAACGAGAAGAAAAAGAAGAAUUCACAAACUUCUUCCAACUCAGGUCGUAAGAAAUUAUCGAGUAAGAUAAUCAAGAUUUCUACAACAAAAUCUGGAAAAUUUACAGCCGAGAACAAGUCAGAUGGAUCCAAAGAGCCAUCCGAUAACGAGGACAAGCCAAAAUUCAAUAAAGAUUUGGCUAAGAACUUUUUGAAACACAUGAUGGAGUCUCAAAGAGCACGAAAACGUUCAGCUGAUGCUCGUCUGGAAACAAUGCCGGAGUCGAGUCAAAUGAAUAUCUCUGCCAAAGCAUUUAGAAAGAAGAAAGGUAGUGGAAAACUUCCUCAAGACUCAAACAUUUUCAAACCGAAUGGUGAUCCUGUCUGGGUCGUGUCUGAUCUUCCACUGGAGGAAUGUUUGAAAACCGAAGACGGAGUCACGGUUACGAAUCCUGAAUUGGCGCAAGCUCUAGCCGACGAGAACCUGACUAUGGACGAAAAGAAUUACAUUGAGUAUGGAGGAGAGUACAUGGCUUGUAACUUGAAAAAAGGACUCUCAUUGCCCGAAGACUAUCAAUUCGAUCCGCUGGCUCCAGAAGAGACGUUGGAAGCGAACAAUAAGUACAUUUCAGGUGAAGCGAUCAAUUACAACACUGCUAAGAACUGGGUUGAUUUAAGUGAAAAUUCGAUGAAGCGUUUCGCAGAAAGACAAGACGGAAUGGAUCAACGGGUUCGCCCACGACAUUCGCUUGAUAAUACAACCACCACCACUGAAACAACGACUUCAUCUCUGCCACCAACACUGACGGCGUCUCAAGAAAAAUUGCAGUUGAAAACUUGUGUGAUGUCUAUUGUCACAUUCAACAUCAAACACAAUGUCACCGUGAAUUACGAUAGACGUCAGCCUAUUGUUUCGAUCCAAAGAUUUCGUAAAAGGAUGAAUAACACCUACUCGAGCGAGCAAACAACUCAAGUCGAAUCAAAAGAAAAGAUUUGA